UCAGACUCAAUUCAUUCACUUCUGCUCAGUGGUGCGACAAGGACUAGGGGCCUUAGGUGGGAAAGAGAGAGGAAAAAAGUUCACUUCACACCAUUGGGUGCCAAGAGAAGGGGAACACAACUACACUGGAGCUCUCACUGUGCGCUGAUUGUUGAUCAUGGGUGACUGGAGCUUCUUGGGAAACAUAUUAGAGGAAGUAAAUGAACACUCAACGGUGAUUGGGAGGGUGUGGCUCACAGUGCUCUUCAUCUUCCGGAUCCUCAUCCUGGGCACAGCCGCUGAGUUUGUGUGGGGCGACGAGCAGUCGGAUUACGUGUGCAACACCCAGCAGCCCGGUUGCGAGAACGUGUGCUACGACGAGGCUUUCCCCAUCUCGCACAUCCGUCUGUGGGUUCUCCAGAUCAUCUUUGUGUCUACACCCUCGCUGGUGUACGUGGGCCACGCUGUGCACUAUGUCCACAUGGAGGAGAAGCGCAAGGAGCGCGAGGAGGCUGAGUUGAACCGCCAGCAGGAGCUGUGUGAGGAGAGGUUGCCGCUCGCGCCUGACCAGGGCAGUGUGCGCACCACCAAGGAGACCAGCACCAAGGGCAGCAAGAAGUUCAGGCUAGAGGGCACCCUGCUGAGGACCUACAUCUGCCACAUCAUCUUCAAGACGCUAUUCGAGGUGGGAUUCGUGGUGGGCCAGUACUUCCUGUACGGCUUCCGCAUCCUGCCGCUGUACCAGUGCAGCCGCUGGCCCUGCCCCAACACCGUGGACUGCUUCGUGUCGCGCCCCACCGAGAAGACUGUCUUCAUCAUCUUCAUGUUGGCCGUGGCAUGCGUCUCGCUCUUCCUCAACUUUGUGGAGAUCAGCCACCUGGGCCUGAAGAAGAUCCGCUUUGUGUUCCGCAAGCCGCCGCCCCAGACCCAGGGCGGACAAGACGGCGAAGACCAGAGCCCCCCUGAGGAAAAGAGCCUGCACUCCAUGGCCGUGUCGUCCAUCCAGAAGGCCAAGGGCUACCGGCAGCUGGAGGAGGACAAGCCCGCAUCGCACUUCUUCCCCUUAACAGAGGUGGGCAUGGAGGCAGGCAGGCUGCCCGUACCUUACCAGAUGGAAAGUGAGAACGUCUCUAAAGUGUACGACGAGUCUUUGCCUUCCUACAUCCAGACCACUGGGGCGGAGGUGAGGGUCCUACCGGAAAGCGGCGAGGACGAGGGCCCCGCGGAACCCGACAUUGAGGCUACCGACACGAUAGCAGACACCAGACCACUCAGCAGUUUAAGCAAAGCCAGCAGCAGGGCAAGGUCAGAUGAUUUGACAGUAUGAACGUGAAAUCAAUGUGAAAAAGCAUGGGAGCAAAGCCUCACAGAGCCUUAACUCUCGCUGUGAGGGAAGUUAACAUCAGCUUGUUAUUCAGUAAAAAGAGUUUAAAAUGCUGUGCAAUGUGCAAGGAGCCCUUAGUUUUCAAAGAAAGAUAAACCUGUAUUUUAUAAGACAGCAUUUUUUGUACUGUUUUUAUCAAUCUAUUUAAAAAGGUAACAGAAAGAAAAAAGGUCAUUUUCAGCAUGAUUUGUAUCGUACAAGAGGAGGUUAUUAUUUAACACAAAUGUGCUGUUUUUUAAUUCACAUAUUUUCUAUCAAGAGUUUUAACCAAAAAUUAUCAAACGCUUCCGAUGUUUACAUUUUUUGACUAGCCAUUUAGCUUGAUGUUAAAUGUUAUAUUUCUAUUGAACAAGUUAUUUUUGCAGUACUGUCAGGGUUACACUUGAGCGUGUGUGUAUGUAUUACAAUCAUUUCACCUCAUCUACUCAAACAUAUACAACUCAUUUAUUUCACCUAAUAGACCUACAGUAUGUGUGCAAGCUGUGUAAUGUCCAUUAGAUUUAUUUAUUUUUUAUCUGUGAGGUGAAACAUCACAUUCUCGUAGAAUUGCCAACAACAUAAAAAAAAGAAAAAAGAAAGGACUACUGGUUAAAUGCAAAUUGACAUCAAUCUUGGCAUUUACGUUUUUAAUCCACAACAUGUAUCGAAAAACCUUGAUAAACGUAUUUCAUUGAUAACUAUGGGAACCAUGGAAGCUUACCGAGGGCCAAAUACUUUCUUCCGCCAUGAUGAUAAAGAUCUUGCCCUAUCAGCACAAAGUAUUGUUGAACAAGAGAGAAACAAAUAAAUAACUCAUAUUCACAAAACAGGACUUCCUUGACAAAGUUUGAAAGAAAACAACUUUUUUGAUUCCAUCUCAUGAAACGUAGCAACCAUAAGCAGUGUAGCCAAAGUGCUCAGUUCACAAUGUAUAUUUCAAAACUAGAAUGAGGGCCUCGCAAUGAAUUAAUUUACACAGUGGUCAACACACUAACGUCUAUCAUGUCGGUCAGGUGUCGACACAGAUCAACCAAGAGUCAUAUUGUCAGGCAAUAUGCCAUCUUGCUUUACCGAUGUUCAUAUGUACAAAUAUAUGAUGAAGAGGUAUUUCAAUUGUAUUGGUUAUCCAGUUGAUUGAUUUGUACCACAAAUGAAAACUAUACAUAUCAGAAACCCAUUGACACUAAUUCUGCUAACUGGACAGUGGCAGAACCUAAAUGCUGAAGUGAAACAAUUUACGGGCCUUAAAAUCAACCUUGCUUUUAAACUAUGGAAACAUUUAUUACUGUAAGUGCCUUAAAGAUAUACUUUCUGAUACUUGUCUUCAGUCUGUCUGAGCCCUUCUAUAUUGUGACGUUGAAACAUCAUAUUGUGAAAUUGAAGGUGGAAUUGUGUGUCUAAAUGGAAUGUCUGUAAUGUUUUUUAUGAGCGUGUUAGUGUUGUCGAUUUAAUUUCUAUUUUCAUUAUUUUACAAAAAAUGCUAUUUAAAACGGUGUAGUGGUUAAGGCAUUGUUGCUCUGGGAACUGCUCUACUGUCGUUAACUUGAAUUAAAUCACAAUUCUAUGUUAGGUUAUUCAAACAUACAGUUUAGAGAAAUAGAAUCCCCCUCCUAUCUCCUAACGGACAAAAACAGACAAACAGAAAGGAAGUACUGUAACUGGUUUGUUUUCAUUUGCUUUGGCAAAAACAUUUUAAAACGUGUUCCGUUGUGUGCCCAAAUGAACAGGACCCACACCAGAGAUCACCACGCUCCAGACAAUGUGCCUUUUAAGACUGAUUCGAAACACUGAUUUUUCUCUGAUAAACAUUUCAAUGGUGCUUUCAUUCCGACUAAGUCCUACCAUUUCGCCAGAGGCCGAAUGAUUCAGCAAUCAGUAUCGCCAUGAACACAUUGCAACAAAUAAUGAGAGGUGUUUAGCACAAUCACCAGCCAGAGGAGGUAAAGCAAACAUUUCUGAGUGCUGAUAUAUUUGGGAAAGUAAUGCUUCCAUGGAGGGGGGAGUAUUGAGCCUUGUUCAACCAACAAACGCAAACCAUUUCAGUAUAGUGCAAAGGCCCCUCAACCCCCUGUCCUAGACAAGACGCUACAAGCUGCACGGUUAUCAACUUAGCCCAAAGCUCAGAUAUGUGUGUAAUGUGAACAGGGCAGACAUUCCCUUCCGAGGGCUGCUCCAGAUGGGGUGCUGUUCAUUUGGAUUAAAUCUCAUUUAAAAAUGAAAUCCAAAACUAAUUCAUGACAUUGGCAAGGUAUCCAGUUAAACAUUGAGCCAUGCUGAAAGUCAUCGGCCUUGCUGCCCUGCUCAUCUGAAUGUCAGUAGGUGUAACGAGAUUUUUUAUCCCAAUGUUCUAACUGAACUAUUUUAUAGCUUUGACCAAUUCUCCAGAGGUUGUAAGGCCCUACCAGCUCAUAUUGCGAAAUAGUAACACAAUGGUCUAGUCACACACAUGAUUAAAUUAUGACUAACAAAUUUCAUACAAUUAUAUGAUUACAGGGUGGAAUACUUUAAUCAUUACUUUAAACAUAUAAAUUCCUUUAUCAGUAGGGAAUAUCUGAGAUAUUAGGGAAUAUCGGGAAUAUCAGUAGGAAAUAUUAGUUUAUUAUCAAGCUGUGUUCAUUUCCAAUAAUCAAGAGACAGACGAGGGCCGUGUGACUUCAAACCUCAACAUAGGGUUCAGUGUCCUAGCGGUAUCAAAGUCAUUCUUUUAUUCCGUUUUUACAAUAAAAAUAAGUAUUCUUAGUCUUAGAAAAAAAAUAAACGUUUUACUAACUUGUAGUCCUAUUUGCUCAUAGUUGUGUGCAAGUAUCAUCUUUUGAAACUGUGAACAAGGCCAAUUAAAGGUCAGGUGUGGUCAAGAGAUGCCGCCUCCUUGUCUUUUCUGCAUCACACAUACAGACUUGGGUUGCACACGCACACACACACACACACACACACACACAGUAUGUAUUGUAAUUUGCAAGUAUAAAAGGCCAUGACUUACAUCAAUUGUAUCGGUGUGUAAUACAUUUCACCUGACCUAAACACUUACAUUUCACAGAUUCGAUGGUACUCCGAGUGUCUGCUUGUCAAAUACUGUGAUAAUGCAACACAUUUUUGGUUAUUACUGUCGGCCAAAUAUACUCCACAAAAAGCUUGUAUUGAGAAGCAUGUUACUAUACAUGUGAAAAGACAAUAUGUCUCAUCACAGCAGCACAAAACUAAACUCUUGACAAGCCUAGAUUGUUGUAGUCGUGUAGUCAUAGCAAGCAACAUGAUGGCUGGGCAUAGAGCAUAGUAUGCUUU